CCCUUUCCUCCACUGCUGGCGGGAGAUGCAAAAAAAAAAAACAAGUGGACAUAUUCGCCAGCUAAGUACGCGGAUGUUUGCUAGCUGCUCUCACCAGAACCUGGAAGAAACAUCAGCCGCUAGUUAAUAAUGGAUCACGGUUCUGAUGUUGAUGAAAAAAUGUGUGCCUGGACCAAAACUCGACAGGCAGUCGCCCAGUUCCGAGACCUUUUGCUCUGCGCGAAAUGUUCUAAACUCAUGAGCGAACCUGUCUGCAUUGGAGCUUGUGAACAUAUGUUUUGCAGGGCCUGUGCAGGGUUGCACAUAGGAAAUGGCUGCUGUGUGUGCCAUAGUCCAGCCUGGGUGAAAGACAUUCAGGUCAACAGGCAGCUCAACAAUAUCACGCAGCUCUUCUGUGAUCUGGACUCUCUCCUGAACCCUAAAGAGCUCUCAGCCACGCCCCCCGCUGGCUCCUCCCCCCAGCCCGCUGACCGCGCUCUCCUGAAGAACCGGAAGAACGUGAAGAUCUGGUUCAGCCCCCGUAGCCGCAAAGUCCGCUGCCGGAUCGAGAGGGCCGGUGAGGGGGCGGCCCCGGGGGCCCGGGGGCCGCAGGAGGCCCCUCAGGAGCCGCCGUCGCCGCGGAGGGACGGGAGAGACCUGUCCGUCUACAACUUUAACUCCUCCUCCCAGGACUCGGGCUCCUCCCCCCAGCGCGGCGGUGGUGGCGAUGGCGGAGGUGGCGGGGGGAAGAAACGGGCGGCGAGGAGGAAGAGGAAACGCCCUCAAAACGGCGCGAGCCCCACCACGCGCCGGCAGUCCAAGAUGGCCGACAAGCGGGAGAAGCUGGCCGCCAUCAACAAGGAGUGGGGGAUCGACCAGGAGCGGGCCGUCCCAGGGGAGGGGGGGCCGGAGGGGGGAGACGAGGGUCGGAGCAGAGACCCGCCCAGCAGGAAGGUGUCCUUCCAAAUUGGGGGGGCUGUCCCCGAUGCUCUGGAUGCCCCCCCGCAGCAUCCUCCACAGGGCGACGGUCUCCCGCAGACCCCCAAUGGGAGCGCUUCAGAGGCGCGUCCCGCUAGUGAGGGGGGGCCUGCCGCAGAUGAGGCUGCGCCCGUCCCGAACCCAAACGUUAGCCCCGCCCGGCUAAGGAAGCCGAGCGCAAAGACCGCCCCCCCGGCCGAGCCCUCGCCGAAGAGGGCGGAGUCGUCCUCAGCCCGUCGGUCCUCCAAGAGAGCCUUGCCACCAGAGGGCGCCCAACCCGAGAGCACCCCGAAGAGGCGCAGGGCUUCCCCGGGCCGAGGGAGCCGUUCGGGGGCCGUGGGCCCGGCGCGGCCCACCCCCCCCUCAGCCCGUCCCGGCCCUGAUGUGGGGAGCCCCGCCCGGAGGUCUCCGAAAAACCAGGGGAACCCGUCAGGCUCGCCCCGAACGCCAGGGAGGGGGUCCCCGGGUGGCCCCGCCCUGCUCAGGGGCCGGCUGUCUCAGGGGAGCCCCGCCUACCUGAAGAGGAACCAUAAAGGGGAAACGCCUUUACACCUGGCGGCCAUAAAGGGAGACGUGGCGGCCGUGAAGGAGCUUCGGGAUCAAGGAGCCGACCCCAACCUUAAAGACCAUGCCGGCUGGACCCCGCUGCACGAGGCGUGCAACCUGGGACACCUGGGCGUGGUGGAGGCGCUGCUCCAGCAGGGGGCGCUGCUGAACACGCCGGGUUACCAUAACGACUCCCCGCUGCACGACGCGGUGCGGAACGGGCACGCGGCCGUCGCCCGGCUGCUGCUGGAGCACGGCGCCUCGCGGGACGUUCUAAACACGUUUGGACUGCGCCCGGUGGAUUACGCGGAAACGGCGGAAAUGCAGGCAGUUCUUCGGGCGCCCUCUGAAGGACCCCGCCCCCUCAGGACCCCACUCAGCCCCACAGCCAGUCUGACCAAGGUGCCGGGCGGCCCACAGAGGGAUGGGGCGGUGGCGUUCCUGGCCAGUAAGCUGACCGCGCCCCAGAGAAACCAGCUGACCAAACUGGGCCGGCUCCUCGGAGGGCAACGCGCGGACUCCUUCUCCUCCUCAGUGACCCACGUCGUCGUUCCGGAGGGUCCCAUGCCCACCACCCUGUCCUGUCUCCGAGGGGUCCUGAGCGGCUGCUGGGUCCUCCGGUUCUCCUGGGUGGAGGCGUGUCUGAAGGCGGAGGGCUGGGUGGAGGAGAGCGGGUUCGAGGCCGGGGAGGGCCCACAGCGCAGCCGCAUCAACCGAGACAACCUGCUCCCCCAGCUCUUCGACGGCUGCUUCUUCUUCUUCCUCGGGUCCUUCCGGAACCCCUCCAGGGAGGAGCUGCUGCAGCUGGCCAAGGAGGGCGGGGGGCAGGUGUUGGCGCGGCAACCCAAACCCGACAGCGACGUGACGCAGACCCUCGCCGCCGCCGCCUACCACGCCCCGCCGGGCUCCGACCAAUCGCUGUGCACCCAGUACAUCCUCUAUGACGCCCGGGGCCCCUACCGGCCCCCCAGGGUCCGCCUGGGCAAGGUGUGGUCGGCCCCCGCCUCCUGGCUGCUGGACUGCGUCGCCAGCUUCCAGCUCCUCCCCGUACCUGAGCUCUAGCUCUCCGCGUGCCGUGCCACGCCCACAGCGCUUACCUGGUUACCGCGGGAUACGGGAACACCAACAUCAACCACUGGGUGGAUGGGACUCUGGGUCACACUGCACCUCUGGUUUCCAUUGCAACCAACGCCCGGAUUCUUGGUCUUUUUUUUCUGCAUAGUAUUGAGUGGCUUUUGGAAGGACUGAAAGUAUUUUAGUGUGGCAGGAAAUAAAUAAAAAAAUAAAUAAAUAAAAGCGGUUGUGUAAGAA